CACGCCGCCCAGAAACGCCGGCCAUUAGCCAGCUGCUAUAUCACCUGCUCCACUACUGUUACCCAUCGUCAAUCACCUUCCCAGUUGCUUUCUCUCCCCAUCGUCACCGUCGACGCGUACACCGGGCGGUGAGUUGGUCGUCUCCGGGGAGGAUCGAUCAAGAUGAGCGAUCCCAAGUACGCCUACCCCUACCCCGCGCAAGGUUACUACCAAGGGGGGCCAUACCAGGGGCAGGGCGGCCCGUACCAGGGGCCGCCGGUCAUGGCGCCGCCGCAGUACGCCGCGCCGCCGCCGCCGCGAGCCCAGCCCAGCUUCCUCGAGGGCUGUUUGGCCGCGCUCUGCUGCUGCUGCCUGAUCGACGAGUGCUGCUGCGACCCCUCCAUCAUCUUCGUCGGGUAGAUCAGAUCAGCAUGCGUCAACUGUACAAAGAGACGAUGAUGGCCUCCUCAAGGAUAUUUACCACGUUGUUGCCACGCUAUAUAUGAUACUAUAUCUAAUAUAUUCGCUUAUUGUAACUCGAAUCCAUCAGUAACAAAAAGGCUUCACGAUCCUGCUA